AUCCAUCUAAUAGUCCACGCUCCGCUGAGUGCUGACGGCCUAAAUUUUCAAAGACCCUUCAAGCCAUCGAUUUCACCGCGUUUUACUAUAUUCUGAGGAUCCUCGCUCCACCCAUCUAUUUAUUAGAAUACCGUAAUUUAGAGACGGCGCUGACUAGUUACUAGUAUAAUACAUUCAGAACUCAUAACCAUUGCUUCUGUUGUUGUCGCUCCCUGAGUUUGGCACCAUCCUCUGGCCUCUUCCUCUCCAAAACUAUCGGAAAAAAGGUUUCGAGAAACUGCCAAAAACCUGAAAUUGCAGAGUUUUUAAUAGAAUUAAUCAAGGGGCCGGGAUGGGCAGUGAAGGAUGCAAUCCCAGGAAGCCCAGAUUUCUGUGCUUACACGGGUUCAGAACAAGUGGUGAAAUUCUCAGGAAACAAGUGACUACUAAAUGGCCUCAAUCUGUGUUGGACAAGCUUGAUCUUGUAUACGUGGAUGCACCUUUUCCAUGCCAGGGCAAAUCCGAAGUUGAAGGGAUAUUUGAUCCUCCUUAUUAUGAAUGGUUUCAAUUCAAUAAGGAAUUUACAGAGCAUCAGAACUUCGAUGAGUGUCUUGCUUACAUAGAAGAUUGCAUGGUUAAGCAUGGCCCUUUUGAUGGUCUUCUUGGUUUCUCACAGGGAGCAAUUUUAUCAGCUGCAUUGCCUGGACUUCAAGAGAAGGGUGUGGCUCUGACAAAGGUACCUAAGAUAAAGUUCUUGAUAAUAGUCGGAGGGGCAAAAUUUAAGAACCAGUCUGUGACUGAGAAAGCUUAUGCAUCACCAAUUCAGUGCACUUCUGUUCACUUCUUAGGGGAGCAGGAUUUCCUGAAGCCAUAUGGGACUGAACUAAUAGAAUCAUGUGUUGACCCCUUGGUCAUUCAUCAUCCAAAGGGCCACACAAUACCAAGAUUUGACGACAAAACUUUGGAGGAGAUGCAUCGGUUCCUUGAUAGGUUACACAAAGAGGUUAACACUAGUCAUACUGAACAAGAAGUAUCUUCACAGAAAGCUUCCUAGAGUAUAGAGGAAGAAUUCUGUAAUCAAAGCAUGUAGUGACCAUAUCUUCAAUUAUACAAGCCAUUUUGUGGCUCUGUACCUGCAGACUUCUUAUGGUAAUUAUUGAUAUUACGAAAUUUCUCUUUAGAUAGUUGUGGAACUUGUUGAAAAUCUUGCAAUUAUGCUCUCAGAUUUUGUCCUUGAAGGGAUUUUCUUUUC